AUGUGCAUCGCGCUCAUAUCUACCGCGCACCCGGCAUACUCACUGAUCCUGAUCGACAACCGGGACGAAUACCUGAACCGGCCAACCGACCCAGCCAGAUGGUGGCCGGAACCACAUUCUCACGUCCUCGGCGGACGAGACAUGCAGCGCGAAGUGCACGGGACCUGGCUCGGAGUGACCAAGGACGGCAAGAUCGCAGUAUUGACCAACUACCGCGAAGACACCAUCCCGCCGCCAUGCGCUAUUAGCCGAGGAGCGAUCAUCAAGAAAUUCUUGGUUGAAGACGUUGGCCCAGUCGAGGAAUUUGUGGAAAACGUCGUCGACACGGGGAUCGCCAAGGACGCCGGAGGAUUUAGUUUGGUAUGCGGCUACAUCGGCGACAAGCUGGCCGUCAUCUCAAACCGGGCCGAAUCCCAAAGUCAAGUUCCCUGGAUCGCCGGCGACGUCGUGCAGACUGUGGGAUUGAGCAAUUCCGCCUUUUCCGACCGGUCCUGGAAGAAGGUCCGUCUGGGCGAAGAACUCAUGCUACAUACGAUCCGGCAUUGUGUGGAGAACAACGAGACGGAAGACCAGCUCAUCCACCGGUUCCUGGAUCUUUUGAGUCACGAAACUCUCCCCCGCGAAGGGAAAUCAGAGGAGGAUGGGCUCGAGGCGUAUAUCCAGGAUCUCCGCGAGACGAUAUACGUGCCUCCGCUUGGGCGGAAGGACAUGAACAGUCCUGUUCUUACGGACGAUGAGCUGCGUGCUGCGAGAUUGCGUGAGAAACUCGAGGUCAUUGAGGAAAAGGAUAUUGUUGGCGACGAUCACAGUCGUCACCAUAACAAUACCCACACUCACAAUCAAUCUAAUUCCCAUUCUCAACCUCAAUCUCAACCUCAGAUUCCCGGCGUCACUUCUGGAAUUUACGGUACGCAGAAGCAAACCGUCGUGCUGGCCGACAAGGCCGGGAACGUCCGAUUCUUCGAGAGGACACUAUUCGACGAGAACUCGGACCCUAUUCCUGCCGGCCAGGGCGACGUCGACGUGACGUUCAAGCUUGAAAGACCACCGAAGUCGAAAUCGAAUGGAAAUGUUGACUGA